GGUUUUGGGGCAAAAGCGAUUUUUUGGGGGUUCAAUUUCGGCCUUUUCUCGUUCCCCCCCCCCCAGCCGCUCAGUGGCUCCACCCCCUUUUUCCCGCCGCCGCCAUCUUGGCCGCGGGCACGCGAGGCCGCGCGAGGCCACGCCCACUCGCGGGCAACGCUGGGGGCGUGGCCGGGGCUGUGACGCAAGAGGGAGCCCCGGCGCUGAUUGGCCGGCGGCGCUGUCAAUCACGCGGGUGACGCGGCCGGGCCGAGCGCGGCGGAGCCGAGCCCCCUCCCCGCGGAUGCUCCGGCUGGACGAGACCCCCGAGGAUCGCGGCUCCCCUCCCCCCUCGCCCUGGGGGGGCUCCCCCUCCCCCAGCCAGCCCGGGACCCCCUCCCCAGAGGCGCGGCCCCGGCUGCUGUCGGAGCGGGGGGGGGGCGGGGGGCGGCGGGGACCCCCAAAUCGGGGCCCCCCCCGGGGACCCCCCCCCGGCCCGCGGCCGCUCCCGCUCCGCCCCCCCCGUGCUCUGGGCAGCGCAGCGCUACGGGCGGCGGCUGAGGAGGAUGAGCGACGAGUUCCAGCUCCAGGUGCUGCCGCGGCCCCGCAGUGUCGGGGGGGCUCCCCCGGGGGGGGGCGGCUGGCGCGAGACCCUCCGGGCCUGGUGGGGGUCCCGACGGCCCCGCCCCGCCCCCCCCGGCCCCCCCCCCUGACCGACCCCCCCCCCAAAAACCUCAUCUGGGGCGGGGGGCCCCGAAAUGCUGCAGGGAAUGGGGGGGGGGGCAAUAAAAAUGGGGGGUUUUGUAGAAAAAUUGAGGGUUUUGGGUUUUUUUUGGGGGGGUUGAAUCAAGGGACCCCCCCCGGGUUAAUGGGAGCGACCCCCAAAAUUGGGGAGGGGGGGCUGGAAUGAGAUCCCCCCCAAAAAAAAGGAAAAAAAAAGGAGGAAAAGGAGGAG